ACGCGCCAGAUGAAACGAUAGCCCCCCCGUCGAUCGGUUCCACACAGGGCUAUAUCUAGUUGGCUUUCGGCGCUGUAUGGGAAAUUACGAGGCAGUUUUUGGAGGCGAUUAUUGAAAUUUCACCGAUCAGCGAAGCUCCUUGGCCGCGCACCGUAAAGUCCAGAAUACAGAGAUCAUGUGCAGCUGCGGGCAGUUCAAUCCCUUCUACAUCGGACCCUACCCGGAGUGCGCCUGCGGGGACUGUCCGUACGGCAAGUACUCGGGAUUCACGCGAUGCGGUUGGAGCGGCGGAAACGGACCCUUUGGCACCACCUUUGGCGAUCGUUGCUGCGGGGAUUCCAGGUACGGGGGAGGAGGAGGUGGUCCCAGCUGGAACCCCUUCUGUGCCCCAUCCCAUGGGUCCUCCUUUGGCUCGUCGUCCUGUGGUCCCCGCCGGGCCCAACCCUCCUGUCGGUCUCCUUGCCAAGCAGACUGCUGCAUGAUGUGCCCCAGCAGAGUUGGCUGCUGUGGCCAGUCCUGCGGCACAUCCUGCUGUUCCUGCUUUUGAGCACUGUAAUCCCACAUCAUCCCAUCUAUCUGUGCCCUCUGGACCUUACUGUGUGCGGUUAAUUGGUUUCUUGAGCAAAAUUGAUUGUAAAACACGAACAAUUAUGGUGUGCCCUUUG